UAUCAGCAAAGUACGACUACUUGUAAGGGGCCAAAAAAAAAAAAAAAAAAAACGGACCACUGGUAUUAUCAGUAACAGCGAACGCUUGCAAGAAGAGAAGCUGAUGGAAUGGCGGCUGCUUUACCAUCAUCAUCAACAUGGAAACCUUUCAUUUCCUCGUUUACUUCUUCUCUGAUUGUAAAACCAACCCAUAAAAUUUCUCCUCAAAUGGCUCUGAACAACAGUAGUAUUACCACCGCGGCCACCACCACCUCUAAUAUCAGUAAUGCUUACACCGGUGGAAGAAAGCUGCCCAUCUUGUUGUUUGAUGUAAUGGAUACAAUCGUUCUUGACCCAUUUUACCAGGAUGUCCCUGCAUUCUUCCGAAUGUCUAUGAAGGAAUUAUUGGAAUGCAAGGACCCAACUCCCUGGAUUGAAUUUGAAAAGGGUCUCAUAGAUGAGCCAGAGCUGGCCAGGAAAUUUUUUAAAGACGGGAGGUCUUUCGACUUGGAAGGCCUAAAAAACUGUAUGAAAAGAGGAUAUCUCUACAUAGAUGGUGUUGAAGAGUUGCUUCGUGCUUUGAAGAAAGAUGGCUACGAAAUGCAUGCUUUCACGAAUUAUCCUAUUUGGUAUAAGAUGAUUGAGGACAAGCUAAAACUGUCUACCUACUUAUCCUGGACAUUCUGUUCAUGUAUAUUUGGAAAAAGAAAGCCUGAAGCUCAAUUUUAUCUAGAAGUUCUCAACUGCCUUAAGGUUGAUCCAGCAAGUUGUAUUUUCAUUGAUGACAGGAUGAGGAAUGUCGAGGCAGCAAUUGAAGCUGGUUUCACAGGUAUUCAAUUCAAGAAUGCAGAUUUGUUGCGCAAAGAUUUGUCAAUCCAUGGCAUUGACAUUUCAAUGAAUGAACCCAAUGAAAAUCAAGAUGUAGCUGAAGUUUUGGAAUAACAACUUUUCGUUUCCCAAACUUCAUCCGUCUGUUUCUCCUUUUCCCAUAUGUUCCUUUUACCAAAGAUGGUGUACAUUUUUUUCCUGGAAGAGCAUUGAAGAAGUCGGUUCUCACCAAAAUAACAGCAAAGAUAUCAAGGGCCUAUUGGUGGAACCUCUAUGUUCUUUUCUUGGUCCUGCAGUGUGCUUCCCUUUCUGAUGUGUUUAUUUACUGUUAUAAGAUACUAUCCACUCUUUGCAUGUUCUCAUAGCCUGGUACAUUGCACAUAAAGAAUCAAUUCACUUGAAUUUCUUA